AUGUCUCAUAUUACAUUAUACUGUCUGGUGGCGGGUGAAUACCCUCACGAAAAUGUUUUUAAGAUUGAUGUUGAGGAUAAUAAGUUAGUUAAAGGUCUCAAAGAGGUUAUUAAGGAAACGCAACCGAACAUAUUUAUUGGCGUCAAUAGCAGAUAUAUUAAGUUAUGGAAAGUCAACAUUCCACUUGAAAGCGAAAAACUAAAAUUCUUUAAAAUCCCUGAUGAAAGUAUAAUGGAUAAACUUGGAAGUGAAAGAAUGAAUCAGACAACGAGGAUUAAAGAAUAUUUUCCUAUCAAACCGGCCGACAGACAUAUUAGUAUCAUUAUCGAAACUCCUAAUGCUAUACAUAGAAAUCUUAAUCAAGCAUACAGGUUAGGUUGCUUGUCUAAAGGAGAUCAAGUUGUGCUGAAAUACAAGAAUGAAACAUAUACCGCAACAUUCAAAGAAAUGCAUGGUCGUCCGUAUCUGAUCGCCGAUGGAUGCGAGUACUCUUCUUUUGCAAAGUUUAUUCAAGCGAUGAUAGACAAAAAGUCAAUAGAGGGUGCGGUUUAUAACUAUCUGAAAAUCAAUUCCAUGUCUUGGAAAGAAUUCAGUGAAAAACUAUUAUUCUUCAACUCCGUUAUGCAAAUAAAAAAAGAGUUGCAACUUAUCCUUAACGACCCAAAUGUUCGUGACAUCUUCUAUGGUAGAGAAGAGUUUGAGAAAUCUUCUACAGAAGUUUCCAUCUAUGAAGACCAAAAUCUGUAUGUUGUAGUUGACAGACUUCCAGAGGAACGGUUGAAAUUUGUUGGAGAAUUUCCAAUAGUUUAUAUAUCUUGGGGAAUAUUAAAUGAUUGUUAUCCAUUUAAUCCUCCGAAAAUUCCUUUCCCUCUGGAAACGUUAAAGAAAUUUGACAACAUUCUCGAUACACACCUUGGACUAGAUUUCCGAUCGAAAUACAUAAAUCUUACCGCGAUUGCAUUAGACUGGAAAGUCAGUGGCGGAGUUUAUGAAGAGAGACCCGCUAUAGUAUUCUACGUAAUUCGCAAGGGUGUGAUUCCUCUUGGUGAUCAACACUUUCCCAAAAUUAUUGAUGGAAUAGAAACAGAUGUACGAGAGGGAAUUUAUCGUACAACUGGCACAGAUUCGCAUUAUUGUCGUAGUUAUGAGCCGGUAAUUACUUCGGGCUGUAGUAUUGGAAACUCAAAUAAAACCAGUGCGGGAACCUUAGGAUGUUUUGCAAAAGAUAGCACGGAAAAUACCUAUAUUUUGUCCUGCCAACAUGUCUUAUGCUUGAACGAAGGUUCUGAAACAGGAUUAAUUUUUCAACCGGCGUAUAUUGACUAUGUAGGGAUGCUUAAAAGUGAGAAAAAAAUAACAAUCGAGAAGAUAAAUAAAGCACAGUAUAAAUAUAAAAAUCAAGAAGCAAUUGAUUUAAACAGCAAAAAACUCGAGACGAUUGAAAAUGACCUUGAAAGUGCGAAGAAAAAGGACACAUUAGUUGGGUCGUUUUACAAAGGAUUACGUGAUAAUUAUAAAAUUGAUGACAAAAAUUAUGGAGUUGAUGCCGCCAUAGCUUCACUAGUAGAAACAAGUAAUGGUAACUUUCGAAACAUUGAUCCAGAAGGUUUACCCAUAUCGGACUUCACAUUUAAAAGAUUGUCACAUGAACCUAUUAAUCUUUCAUGUACCAUAGAUAUUAUCAACAACCUUGAUUCAGUCGAUAUUUCGCAACCCGUAUUUAAAGUUGGACGAACAUCUGGACUGACUAUUGGACAUAUAAAUGAAACAAUUUUAUCAUCAAUUUUGUUAAGAGGAGUUCAUAACGCAUUUCACCAUCAGGAGAGAAUAUUUGGGCGUUGCUUAUUAAAAGAAAUCAAACAUAAGGGGAAAUCUAUAUUUCCUCCUAAAUGGUUAGAUAGACAAAUAACAGUAAUGAAUAAUGGAAUAUUUACGGAAGAGGGGGAUUCUGGUUGUAUAUGGUUUAAUAAAAGUGGAGCAGUUAUUGCAAUGGGUCAUGGAAAUUUAUUUACAAAUAUUGCAAUUUAUUCCAUAGGAUCGCCAAUACAUGCAGUGUAA